UCAUAAAUCCUGAUGAUUGCAGUCUGUUUACUAACAUAAGCACGCAUACUGCCUCUGACAUGCUCAGCUCCAUCAGCAGGCUCAGCUGUGCCAUCUACUCACCACCACCAGGUGGAGCUGUGGGACCGCAGAGCUCUGUGACCUCACAGCAACAUCAUCAUCCUCACUGAGAGGCUGAGUUUCAUUUAAAUGAGGCAAAAGUAGGAAGAAGCAACGAGGAAGGAAGACACACUGAAGCCGAGACAGAGGAAGAGAGAGCAGGCGGGCGGAGGGCGAGCAACAGCAGAGAAACAAACAGAAGAAGAGCGAGGGUCUGACAUGAGAGCAGAGGAGUAAACUGUCUGCAGACAUGUCCUCCCGGGCUGAGAGUAAGACAGCCUCCCAGAUUGCAUAUCUCACCAUGAGGUUGAAGGAUAAGCUCCACCCACAGCGGACGAGACGUCCUGUCAAACUCACCCCAUCAUUGAGAGUCAAACCACCGGACCUGAACCUGCAGCAGCCCCAGUCGUCAGGUGUGUUCGCGGACCAGCAGCGGGCCGUGGUCAGCUCCCUGCAGUACUUUAAGGCUCUGGUGGACCGACUGGGUGUUGACAAACCUGGCAUGGACAAACCGGUCCUGAACCAGUCUGUGGUCGGUGGUCUGCUGGGCGGGGCUUCUGGGGGGGUCCUGGAGGCGGUCCAGACUCUGGUCCAGCUGGAGCCUCGCCUACACAGCAGUAAGACGGUCGCUGCCUGUCUUGCUCGCCUCUACCGCUCUCUGGCUCAGCUGAUUCACUGGACUGAUCAGGUGAUGUUGCAGAGCGUCUCCCACGACAACAAGGAGUCGACAGAGAGCGUUACCAAAGUGAUCAGGACCUUGCUGGACAACAUCAAGGAACUGGUUCGAUUGGUUGCAGAGAGACAAGAAGGCUCCGCCCCCCUGUCACCUGUCCAGCCAGAGUCAUCAGGGUUUGAUGAGCAGGCAAUAUCGACCUGCAGGAAUCCUGCUGAUGAGAAGGACAAGAAUAUGGGGGUGGAGCCAACGAAGAGAGAGGAGGAGCAAAUACUUUCAGCUCCUCCCAAACCUCCUAUGCCCAUCCCAGAGUCGCUAACUCCGGUGACCCCCCAGCUGGGACAGAGUCCUCCAGCUCUGCCUCCCAAAAAGCGCCAAUCAACAUUAAUCCCCACCCCCUGCAGGGUUGCCAUAGUAGCGCCAAUGAGAAGAGAGACUGAAAUAGAAACACCAGCUGAACAGGACGACGACUGUUUGAAAAGAUGCUCCAUUUCCUCUGCCGAAUGUUUUCCUCUGAACGAACACACGGAGGACGAUCCAGACUAUGCCUUCCUUGACACAGAUCAGUCCUCCUCAGAGACACUCCCCCCUCUCCCUGGUUCCUCCUGUCUCCCUCCUGCCCUGCCGGAGAAGAGGCGAUGCAGCACCACAGGUAACACAAGCUCCCAGACUCAGCCAUGCUUUGGGUUCGAUUCUGCCCCUGAGGACCAGAGCAAUGCCAAGUGUGAUGACAGCACAGGCCCAGAUGAACCUGUCUCCUCCCCUUUGUCCCCCAGCAAGACACCCCCUCCCCUCCCUGAGAAGAAACGACACAUCCACGAGUACCUUCAGUUCUGUUCGUCCUACAGCGAUCAGUCCCCCCUCAUGUUCUAUCAGAGGCCUCCAGGUUUCAGUCAGAGAUACAACAGCCGACAUCGAGAGCUCGACACCUCCUACCAGCUCUCUCACGCACAUCUGGACACACAGCUGGACGCAGACUUCACUCCCUCACCUGAGCUGAUUCCUGCUCCGAUUCUACCACCGAAGAAGAAGCAGCAGGACUCAGCUGACAGGCCGACUGAAGAGGGCCAGGGCGGAGACAGUUCCCAGAGUGUCCAGCAGGAGGCGGAGCCUGACAGGAGGAGCAGCACGGAGGAGCAGGAGGAGGUGUUACUGACUGACAAGAAGAAGAUUCUCUGCAGAAUCACCAUGAAGUCUGAGGAGGAGGAGGGGCCUGAUGUAAAGGCGGCCUCACCUGAUGUCCUAUUGGUCUAUGCUACGGGGCCCAGCAGCAGAGACCAGGACCUGUACCGUGAAGCCUUCCUCUGCACCUACAGGAGCUUCAUCAGUCCAAACGAUGUCAUCAGCAAACUCCAGCACAGGUACAGACACCUGUGUGGCAGACGGGAACGUGCAGACCUGACAGCUGCCAAAAACACUUUCCACCUGCUGGUGGGCGUGGUGGACGAACUAUGUGUGAUAGAGCUCGACUCUGAUGUGCUUCUGCUACUGAUGAACUUGGUGUUCAGCCUUCUGAUUGGUGGAGAGCUGGGACCGGCCCACCAGCUGCGCUCCAACAUCCUGUCAAAGAUGGAGAAGAGGUGGAAGCUAAUUGGCUCACCUCAGUCACUCCGUCCACUUGCUGCCAAGGGUGUGGCUGCCAGACCGGGAACUCUGCUGGACUUCAGGAGUCAGGAUUUAGCUGAACAGUUGACUCUGCUGGAUGCUGAACUCUUCACAAAGAUCGAGCUUCCAGAGGUGUUGCUGUGGUCAAAGGAGCAGAAUGAGGAGAAGAGUCCCAACCUGACAGAGUUCACUCAACACUUCAACAACGUCUCCUUCUGGGUUCGUUCCGUCAUCAUCCUUCAGGACAAACCUCACGACAGAGAGAGGCUGCUGCUGAAGUUCCUGAAGAUCAUGAAGCACCUGAGGAAGCUCAAUAACUUUAACUCGUACCUGUCAAUCCUGUCAGCGCUGGACUCCGCCCCUCUGCGACGCCUGGACUGGCAGAAAAGCACCUCAGAGGCUCUGGAGGAGUUCAGCACCUUGAUCGACAGUUCAUCCUCUUUCAGAGCCUACAGAGCAGCUCUGGCUGAAGUGGAGCCUCCCUGCAUACCCUACCUGGGUUUGAUUCUGCAGGACUUGACUUUUGUCCACCUUGGGAAUCCCGACACCUUGAUGACAUCACAGGGUUCAAAGGUUAACUUCUCCAAACGCUGGCAGCAGUUUAACAUCCUGGACACCCUGAGGAGCUACCAGCAAGUGAGCUACACUCUGCUGCCCGAUGAUGACAUCAUUUCCUUCUUUAACGACUUCAGCGAUCACCUGGCUGAGGAGGCGCUGUGGGAGCUCUCUCUCAAGAUCCGCCCAAAGAACACUCCUCGAGCCAAUCAGAGAUGAGCUUUGGUGAAGGCGCACGGGUCACGCAGCUGAUGCACCUGUUCUGAUGCUAACACGCUGUAACACAGAGAACUGAACCGGUGCCAAAGUGGGGGGUGAGGCCUGAGAGCGAGACAUUACAGACACAUCAGGGUAAAACCUGCAGUCAUUUUACUACCAGACCUUUGGUAUUUCCCUCCCUCGCUCCUGUUAACAGAAACAUAUUCAGAUUCAGGUCCGGUACCCACAGAUGGAUCAGAGACUUCCAGAUUUUGUUGAAGAAAGAAAAACUGCAUUCAAACAUCCAUGAAACAUCAUUGCUGACCUGCCAGUCAACUCACCUGCCCUUACCUAAUGGUGGAAACCUCACCUCAGCACCGUGUCUUUAAGGCCACAAAAAUUGGUUAAUCAUCAAAGCUGAUCCCACCUGACCAUCUCGGGAAUUCCAGUGGAAAGAUUCCCUGCUUAGUAGGAAUGAUGCAAAAUUUCAGCUCCCUUUAAGGGAUGAAGGUCCGACUGUUUCAGAUGUUUUUCUAGCACCGUUUUUUGAUCUGUAUUUAAACGCGGCAUGCUCGGUCCUUCAGGUGUCCGAGGGUAACUGUGGGUCUGUGGGUCUGGACUCUGAGGGUAACUGUGGGUCUGUGGGUCUGGACUCUGAGGGUAACUGUGGGUCUGUGGGCCUGGACUCUGAGGGUAACUGUGGGUCUGUGGGCCUGGACUCUGAGAGUAACUGUGGGUCUGUGGGUCUGGACUCUGAGAGUAACUGUGGGUCUGUGGGUCUGGACUCUGAGGGUAACUGUGGGUCUGUGGGUCUGGACUCUGAGGGUAACUGUGGGUCUGUGGGUCUGGACUCUGAGAGUAACUGUGGGUCUGUGGGUCUGGACUCUGAGGGUAACUGUGGGUCUGUGGGUCUGGACUCUGAGAGUAACUGUGGGUCUGUGGGCCUGGACUCUGAGAGUAACUGUGGGUCUGUGGGUCUGGACUCUGAGAGUAACUGUGGGUCUGUGGGUCUGGACUCUGAGGGUAACUGUGGGUCUGUGGGCCUGGACUCUGAGAGUAACUGUGGGUCUGUGGGUCUGGACUCUGAGAGUAACUGUGGGUCUGUCGGUCUGGACUCUGAGGGUAACUGGACUGGUUCUCAUGUAGUCCUCUACUUUUUAAUUCAGUUUUAUAAGGAGCGUCGUACCGUAAGGCAGACCCUACAAUAAUGCAGAGAAAACCCAACAAUCAGACGCCUCCCUAUGAGCAGGCACUUGGUGACAGUGGGAAGGAAAAGCUCCCUUCUAACAGGAAGAACCCUCCGGCAGCACCAGGGUGGAGCGGUUGGGGUUGAUGAGCACUCAAAGCACUUUAUAUGCUUUUUUCACUCAUUCAUACUCACUCACACUUCAUUUCUACAUCUGUGUGUUUUCUGUCUGAAGGUCCUUUCACAUUGGACGCUGCGCUGACCGCUAGCUAGAGCGAACGACCCAAAAUUUGCGUUGCGCCGGCCGCUGCGCUCUGCUUGUACGAGAUGCGCCCACUUCCUGUCAUUUCAAAACACGUAUCUCUGCCGUUGGAUCUUCUACCAGAGUUUGUGUUCAAAUAUUUAAUUAAAACAUGUAUGGCUCAUUCGUAAAGAUGAAACCUUUGUCACUAGUGAAAGUGUGUCGUUUCCACAGCACAGCUCUCCUCCCACAGAGCUGCUGGCUCUGGAGGUCCCCACAGAUGCACGUAAACCUGUGUCAGUUCAUCGAACUCAGACACACACCGUGUGGUUGAACUGAAGGCUUUGUUUCUAUUGGCCACGUGAAGGUACGUCACAUGCCGCAGUCUUGAACUUUGCAGGGGUCAAAGUUCAAGACUGCGGCAUGCGCGAGUACUCCGCUGGCGUGCUUGGCGCUUUGCUCGGCGUAGCGGUAAACCGUUAUUGUGUGGGGCAAACAGUAGAGACGGAUGUGUUUGAGAGCGCAGCGCUGCGUCCUGUGUGAAAGCGCCUUAACGUUCACGCUCCGAUGAAAGCAUCGAGAACAACCUUCAGUAUCUUGGCACGCUGGAGCAGCCAGGGAUCAAACCAUCAACCCUAUGAUUAGCAGAUGACGUGCUCCACCUCCUGAGCUAUGCCACCACCAUCAUGGACGGAUGAUGAUGGAGGUGAGAUCCUGUUGCUGGACUGAGGUGGAGCAUGAAGGCGAUCCAUGAACUCGUGAUGAUGGUUCAUGGUGUCUGAAGAACAUCAGCCUGCAGCUGGAUGCUGACGUGUUUGUAAUGCGUGACAGUUUCAGCUGCUUUUAGAGAAGAUUCAGUCGUGCUUUCUACAGACGUCCAGACCUGCUGCUACAGAUCACACAUCCUCCAUCAUCAUCAUCGUCAGUCUGAGCUCACCUGAGCUCCACAUCCUCAGAGUCACAGCAGCCAAUUUACCCUCCAACACCUGAGCAGCGAUGCUAAAACUUCCCCACCUUCAUCCCUCAAAGUGUGAGUUUAAUGUCCCGCUGAGGCCAGGACACCAACAGCCCACAGAGGCCCCGAGAAGCUCAGCAUAUACUGAGGCUACAAAAUCAUUUCUCUAAACAUACAUGAAUAUGGAAAAUCACCAGCUCACACAGUAAUGAACACUGUGGGGGUGUCACAGCUGGUCACAUGAUCUGUUUCCAGCUCACAGCCACGGAGACGCCGCUCAUCGUCCCACAUCAAACACACUUGUAUGAAUAUUACACACGACUGAUAAAUAUGUUCUAUCUUUAUUUAUUCGUGUAUAUAACCAACAGUAGCAGUGCAUCUGAUCACGCCUGUUCACUUUAAAUAACACAAUCUUAUUAUAGCGCCGACCUGCUGGCAGCUGAUUAUGGAUUAUUUUCUCUGAAUGACCAACUGAUCAGUGGUGAGCUGAACGAACGCCGAUUAAUGAAACAUUUGUCUGUAAGAUGUGGUCCAGUGCUGACUUCAUGGACUGUGGAGACUUUCUGUUUACAUGUAAUUUUAACAGAAAUGAACAGUUGGCGUAUUAAACAGCUGCAUCAGAUUCUGCUCAUCAUCAGCGCCUCCACGCGACGACAAAAUACCGACGUGGGCAGGAUCGAGAAACCCUCGUUCACCUGGAAGCUGGCCCAAGAGGUCAAAGUUCACAUUUCUUCACGCUGCGAUCGUUGCGACACCUCAGGUUCAUCUGAUUGACACGUGGUAGCAGGGGGUGGAGUUUGCAGCAGCGGCUCUCACCUCUUGGCUCAGAGAGCCGCAGGUGAGGUUGGCCGGGCGGCGGCACUGAACACUGACCGCCACAACAUCUCCAAGACUCUGGACUGAAGGUCACCGAGGUCAAACUUUCAGAAAAAAGACUGAUGAGAUAAGUCUACAUCAAUCUGCAUGAUGAACACAGUCACAAGAUGGAAACAACGUGUGAUGAAUGCAUGCUCACGUGGACGCUCUCGUCACUGAUGCUAUGAACGUAGUUACUGUUUGAAUAAAUGAGCUGUUUGUGCUGCGGCAGAGUCAGGCUCAGGGAGGAAGACAGGAUACAGACCUGCUGUGGAAGAGAGACACAGAUUAAUAACAGGUAUGAUUCAGUGCAGAGAGGUCUGUUAACACAUAGUGAGUGAAGAAGAAACACCCAGUGCAUCAUGGGAAUCCCCCAGCAGCCUACGUCUAUUGCAGCAUAGACGCACAUGUGCACACUCCACUGACUCCUUUAAAAAGCAGCUGAAGACAUUUUUAUACAAACAAGCUUUUAAUUAAUUUUUUCACUGUUUUAUAUUAUUUUAUUUAUAUUUCUGGAUUUAUUGUGAAGCACUUUGUGAUUUGUAAUCUGUGAAUUGUGCUAUAUAAAUAAAUUUACCGUAUUUUCCGCACUAUAAGGCGCACCAGAUUAUAAGGCACAUUAAGACAAAACAGUCAGAUAACUCGACCUUUACUAAGCUCAUUCACAGUAACUCUCAACACUGUUAAGCUGUAACACAUUAAAUAUUGAAAAAUCCACUCACUUUUUCCAGUACAUUCAACUUCCACAAUUCCAUCAAACUCUUCACCUCCCGUGUCUGAGUUAUGGUAAACAGCUGGGUAAUUUCGGCAUCAAGCAUGCCCGGAUCCCUCUCAUCAUUAUCCGAAUCAGUCUCGUUGCUGUUACUUAGCUGUUCGGAGAUUAUUCCAGCCUUCGUGAAAGCUCGGACGACACUUGAGACUGAUACCUUAGCCCAAGCAUCCACGAUCCAUUGGCAGACAGAGGCGUAACUCGCUCGGCGUUGCCUCCCUGUCUUGGUGAAUGUGUGUUCGCCUUCUGUCAUCCAAUGCUCCUACGCAGCUCGUAAUUUAACUUUGAACGACCUGUUGACACCAACAUCUAGUGGUUGGAGUUCUUUGGCUAAUCCACCCGGAAUGACGGCAAGCUCCGAAUUAGUUUGCUUCACUUGGGUUUUGACAGCCUCGGUGAGAUGGGCGCGCAUGGAGUCGUCGAUCAAAAGAGACGGAGAUUUGUGGAAAAAGCCAUCCGGUCUCUUGACAUAAACUUCCCUCAGCCACUCGCUCAUCUUCUCCUCGUCCAUCCAGCCCUUUGAGUUAGCCUUGAAAAUGGCCAACUUUUCUUUGUAAUCGUUUGGCAGUUGCUGUGAGACAGUAGUUCUUGUGCGGAUUGAGAGAUUAUGCCUUUUCAUAAAACAGAAGCACCAAGAAGGUCCCCCUCGAAAGUCCUUGAUCUGCAUGUCACGUGCUGCCGCUGUUGCCUUGAGUCGAAUAGAGACUGUAGAGACACUUCUACCUGCUGUUCUCUGUUCAAUUUUGUCCUCUAACUGCGGCCAUCACUCCUUUUGGUCUUCUUUACUUGUUUCAGGUCAUCUUCGUGCGCACCAUCGACUCAUUAAUGCCGAACUGUCUCGCAGCUGCUCUAUUUCCAUGUUCUACUGCAUAACUGAUUGCUCGCAGUUUAAAAUCCGCUUCUUAAGCGUGUCUCUUUGCGGGUGCCAUUUUGGAGUCGUUAUGCACACACAACACGGUAAUGUUGUGUCGAAGCACAGUACGUAUUACUCUGCGAGGCUCCUGGCAACGGUAACCGUAAUGCUCUGAGAAGUGGCACUAAACAUUUUUUUUGACAGAUUUUUGAGCAUCAUGUAGCACAUAAAAUCAGUUCAAGGUCAGUAAGCACAAACCAAAAUUUAUACAUAAGGCGCACCAGAUUAUAAGGCGCACUGCCGAUUUUUGUGACGAUUUCAGGAUUUUACGCCUUAUAGUGCAGUAAAUACGGUACUUACUAAUCUUAAAAGUAGUGUCUGUCUCCUGAGUCCAAACUGGAAGCUGGUUCCACAGAACAGGGGCCUGAAAACUGAAGGCUCUGCCUGUCACAGCCCCUCCCCUCUGUGAACAGACUGCUGUGGGAGGGGCUUCAGUCGGCCUUUUAUUACAUCACUUCCAAGUAGAGCGAAAGGUGACGGUGGAGGUUUUUAGUGUUUUUGGGUGAACUGGCCCUUUAAAGAAGUCAGAUUUAAGAGGACUCAAAAACACUGGUUCAUUGAUUAUUGACAAUCGUAUUUAUUAGUUUCAUGUAAACACUGAGGACGAGCAGACUCCCCGGCUCCUGCUUCGUUUCCUGCUCUCAGCUGAGUGGAGGUGGAGCCUUUAGAGCAGCAGGGUCAUGUGACACACCUCAGUCUGAGCACGUCCCAGAAUCCCGCCCACCUGCUCACUUGUGCUGAUGCCACAGCGGCUCUCGGUACGUUUUCCCAGCAUGCAUCAUUCACAGACACAGAACUUCAGCUGUAAUGACUUCAGGUAAAACCACCUGCUGCCCCCUGCUGGCCGCAGCUUCCAUUACAGUCUGCAGAGUCAGCAAAGAAAAGCUGAAAUUAAACGUUCGGAGUCUCAAAGACAUUCAAACAUGGAUAAAGCCCCGCCCCCUUACGGUCACCAGGACAGUCACCGUCACCUGACCUGAAACGAAAUGCAAGUACUUAAAUAAAAUAAGUAAUGUAACUUAAUUUAGAAUCAGUCCUACUAACUGACAAAGUUCAUCUAACAUUUUCUUCUAUUUCAGUUCAGCUCAUCAUUUCUAGUAUUUUCUGUCACAGGCUGGGUCUCUGACCUCUGACCUCUGACCCAGCAUUUUGUGUUUUAUUUUGUAAUUUUUGAAGUUUUCAUGUUAGUUUGGUUACAAGUUUGUGUGUUGUUCUUAUUUAGGGGUCAGUGGAGGUUUAGGUUAGUGAUUAUUUAUCAUCUGUCUCGUUGGCUUCUGUGUUUGGUUCCUUGUCUAGUUUGUCAUUUUUUUUUUAACUUUAUUUUUAUUUAU